GACCAUCGCAUCGCGUAGACGACACACGGCCGCGCUGCGUCGCCGCUCCUCACUUCUCCUCUGAGUCCUCUUCCUGCCAGCACCAUGCCCCUCCAGUCCACCCUCUCGGGGGGCCGCGCCGGCCGCGCCGCCAUCGACACGCAGAUGGACGGCCGCUCCUUCGAGCAGCUGCGUCAAGAAUGCCUGCAGAGACGCGUCCUGUUCGAGGACCCCGACUUCCCCGCAGAAGACUCGUCGCUCUUCUUCAGCCAGGCAGUUCCCGUCAAGAUGGAGUGGAAAAGGCCCCCGGAGCUGUGCGCCAACCCCAAGUUUAUUGUGGGCGACGCCAACCGGACAGACAUCUGCCAGGGACAGCUUGGGGACUGCUGGCUCCUGGCGGCCAUCGCGUCCUUGACUCUGAAGAAGGACGCUCUAGCCCGGGUGGUCCCCCACGACCAGGACUUUGAGCACCGCUACGCCGGUAUCUUCCACUUCCAGUUUUGGAAGCACAACAAAUGGCUGGACGUGGUGGUGGACGACCGUCUGCCGUCGGUGCGCGGUCAGCUCAUCCUGCUUCACUCGGCCUCCAACAACGAGUUCUGGAGCGCCCUUCUGGAGAAAGCCUACGCCAAGCUGCACGGCAGCUACGAGUCUCUGAAGGGCGGCAGCACCAUGGAAGCCAUGGAGGACUUCACGGGCGGCGUGGGCGAGGUGUACGACACCGACAAAUCCAACGAGCGCCUCUUUCUCAUCAUGAAGAAGGCCCUGGACCGAGGAUCCAUGAUGGGAUGCUCCAUCGAUAUCAGCAGCUCAGCAGAAUCAGAAGCCAAGACCAGCAGCGGCCUGGUCAAAGGUCACGCCUACUCCAUCACUGGCCUACGGGAGGUCAACUACCGAGGUCAAAAGGUCAAACUGGUCCGCGUGAGGAACCCUUGGGGUCAGGUGGAAUGGAAUGGACCGUGGAGUGACCGUUCCAAAGAGUGGGACUAUGUGGACCGAGCAGAGAAAAGUCAAAUUCUGCAGCACUCUGCAGAAGACGGAGAAUUUUGGAUGACCUUUGAGGACUUCAAGGCCAACUAUGACAAGGUGGAGAUCUGCAACAUGACGCCCGACGCGCUCACCGACAACACCAAGCGCCACUGGGAGACGCAACUGUUCGAGGGCCAGUGGAUUCGCGGCUCCACCGCCGGCGGAUGCAGAAAUUUUAUAGACACCUUCUGGACCAACCCGCAGUUCAAGCUGGAGCUGGCGGACGCUGACGACGAGGACAACAUGUGUAGCGUGGUCAUCGGUCUCAUGCAGAAAAACCGACGGCAGUUGAGGAAGGAGGGCAUGGACCUGCAGACUAUCGGAUUCUCCGUCUACGAGGCUCCCAACAACGCCGAGCAGCAGGGCAAAGAUUUCUUCCGCACACACGCGUCCAAAGUACGCAGCAAAACCUUCAUCAACCUGCGUGAGGUGUCCGAGCGCUUCACGCUGCCGCCCGGGCGAUACCUGCUGGUGCCCAGCACCUUCCAGCCGCACCGCGAGGCCGACUUCCUGGUGCGCAUCUUCUCCGAGAAGAAGGUGGCCGCUCUUGAGAUGGGCAGCGACGUGGAUGCGGACCUGCCCGAGCCUCCGCCACCCAGCUCUCCCGAGGACGAGACGGACGAGGAGAAAGGCCUCAGGCGGCUCUUUGAGCAGCUGGCCGGAUCGGACCGCGCCAUCUCCGUCAAGGAACUUCAGCAGCUGCUCAACGGCGUCCUCGGCAGCCGAAAGGAGAUCCAGUUCGAGGGCCUGAGCAUCCACACGUGCCACAGCAUCAUGAACCUGAUGGACGUGGACAACACCGGCAAGAUGGAGUUCCAGGAGUUCAAGGUCUUCUGGGAAAAGCUGAAGAAAUGGAUCAUGCUCUUCCUCUCCUUUGACACGGACCGCUCCGGCAAGAUGUCCUCCUACGAGCUCCGCAGCGCCCUCAAAGCAGCCGGCAUGCAACUGAACAAUCAGCUGCUGCAGCUGAUUGGCCUGAGGUUUGCCGACGAGAAGUACGACAUCGACUUUGACGACUAUCUCACCUGCAUCGUCCGCCUGGAGAACAUGUUCAGGGUUUUCCAGGCCAUGGAUGACCACAACAAGGGCAGGAUUAGAAUGAACAUGUUGCAGUUUCUGAUCUUGUCCAUGAACGUGUGAGGAGACGCCGUGCGCAAAACGGAAGCCAACAGAAGAACAAAAGAGUCGGAGACUGUCAUCACGUUCUCAUAAAAUGCAGACCUAUUGAUACAUCUUUUUUGUGUGUUUUAAAACUUCUCGGCAAAUAAUGUGAGACGUGGGUUUCGGAGAUUAAACCUGGUACGGAUUGGUACCAUUUGAUUUACUUUUCAUCAGUACAAUGAACCAAUAAAUUGUGACUAAAGCUGUGAAA